AUGGCACGCAAGCAUGGUGGUCGACACACGGGUACCUUAGCGGUUAUUGAGAAAAUCUACGGCGAUAUCCCAGCAUUCACGGAUAUCUUUACCGAGGAAUCUUUCUAUACGUUUGCAUUUUGUUUUGUUUGUGCCUCCAUACUGGUGGCAUUCAUUUUAUCCAGAUACAUAACAAUAAAACCUGUAGAAAUGUAAUUUCAUCUCUUGUUUAAGUUUAACAAAAAAAAAAAAAAACCCCAAAAAUACCCACAAAAACAAAUAAAUAUAAUAUUUACAAUGUA